AUGAAUGAGGCUACACCCCCUGGAAGAAAAGGCAACUUGACUGGAAGUGCCAGAAAACUGAAGGAUAACACAGCAAACUGGCAUAAUUUAAUCCUAAAAUGGGAGCGUCUAAGUGAUGAAGGAUCCACCAUUGCAACCAAAAUAGUCAACUUCAGACUGAGUAAAGAGUCUGUGAAGGAGCCUGAGUUCAUGAUGGAGGACCAAAGUUCAUCUGCAGCUCCUGCAGAAAGAAGUGCAUAUCACAGCAACCCAGAGCUAGAGGAGGAAUGCAGCAAACUACAGAAUGUUGUAGACAAACUGGCCCACAUUCUGUCUAAAAUGGAGAAAAUGGUGUCUGCUGAGAAGGGGAUAUGUGAACUGGAGACAUUUCAGUAUGGAGAGAAAGGAAGACCAACACCACUGUUUCAGACUUGGUCCACAUCGCAGUUUGCUGAAGUGUCUUUUGGGCUUUAUGAGGAUUACAAGCAAGAGCUGGCCCUAAAGAGAGCCAUAUUACGGGAAGUGGCUCACACAACUAACCCAGAUCUCUGCAUGGUGUAUCUGUCCUGCUGGCUCUAUCAAUCCUACAUCCAGGACAACACCAAACUGCUCCUGGAGAGCUUACUGAUGGAGAUGGGCUACAGAACUGUCUAA